AUGUCUUCCGGUGGCAAGUCUGGUGGCAAGGCUGGUGACGCCUCUUCCAAGGCCCAGUCCCGAUCGGCCAAGGCUGGUCUCCAGUUCCCCGUCGGUCGUAUCCACCGUCUCUUGCGAAAGGGCAACUACGCUCAGCGUGUCGGUGCUGGUGCUCCUGUCUACCUCGCCGCCGUUCUCGAGUACCUGGCUGCCGAGAUUCUUGAACUUGCCGGUAACGCUGCCCGUGACAACAAGAAGUCGCGUAUCAUUCCCCGUCAUCUUCAGCUCGCCAUCCGCAACGACGAGGAGCUCAACAAGCUCCUCGGCGGUGUCACUAUCUCGCAAGGUGGUGUCCUUCCCUUCAUCCAGUCCGAGCUCCUCCCCGCCAAGUCCGGCAAGCCUAAGAAGGCCGGUGGUUCGCAGGACAUCUAA